UCCGGAAGUGCGCGGUUUGGGGACUAGCUUUAGCCUGGUUUCUGCCCAGCUUCACGGCACUUGUUUUUAUUUGCUUGUUUAUUGUUAUUUCAUAAAAUGAAUGCGAAUAAAGCAUAUAAUAUCAGCGCUAUCCCUAUAGACGGAUUCAGCAAAAUUCGCAUCACAUCAACGUGGACUUUUCUGCAGUCUAUCCAGUGGUCUGAGCCAUGGCUCAUUGGCCUGAUCUGUUUUCACAUCCUUUGCUUUGCUUUCACUCUCCUGACCUGCCGGUACUACAGGCUCCAGAUCUUCCACUUCUUCCUCAUGGUUGCAAUGGUGUACAGUGCAGAAUACAUGAAUGAGAUUGCAGCCAUGAACUGGAGAUCAUUUUCCAAGUUCCAGUACUUUGACUCCAAGGGGAUGUUCAUAUCACUGGUGUAUUCUGUACCACUCCUGUUCAACACCAUCAUUAUUGUGGCCGUAUGGGUGAGGAGGACAUUUGCGACAAUGACGGAGCUGAAGACCCUGCAGCUGAAGAGGAAAGCUGCCAGAGAAAGUGCUAAGAAAACCCAAUAGAGGGAGAAUAACAUGGACUGAGACAAACUCUGACUUAUUUCCCACUAAAUUGGCCUGAAAUACAAGAAUGUGGCAGACCUAAACUCAUCAGUCCAUGGCUAAAGAAAGCUGAUGGAUCAUUACAUGAUCUGGCAGGAAAUGUCUGUCUAACCCCCCCACGGAGCUGAGUAUUGUAGCGAUCCUUCAAGUAGACUGAAGGAGACAGCAUAGCUCUGAUUGUCAACCAUAACUCUAAAAACCAGAACACUUUUUUUUUUUGCAUAAAAAAAAAGUUUUGCUAUAUGUGCAUGUGAAAAUCUCAAUAAUAUGUAUAAAUAAGGGGCGGCACGGUGGUGUAGUGGUUAGCGCUGUCGCCUCACAGCAAGAAGGUCCUGGGUUCGAGCCCCGUGGCCGGCGAGGGCCUUUCUGUGUGGAGUUUGCAUGUUCUCCCCGUGUCCGCGUGGGUUUCCUCCGGG